CGGGUUAGGUUUAGCGCUCUUCAGUCUUCGGAGAUAAAUAAAACUGCAAAAUCAUGGCUGACAAUUCUCAACAGGAGAAAAUCGAACAAUUUACUAACCUUACCGGCGUUGAUGCUGACAGAGCAAAGUUUUACCUUGAGUCAUCUGGAUGGAAUAUAGAGCUAGCGGUUGCUAGUUUCUAUGAGCAUGGUGAGGAUGAUGAUGAUGUACAAGUCCUAGAUGCACCACCCCCCGAGGAGGAUGUAUCUAUAGUGGAACCACCCCCUCCCCAAAGAACAGGGGCCACAAAAUCACGGUUUGGCACUAUCUCCGGUCUCACACAAAGUGACAGUGACAAUUCUGAUUCAGAUGAAAAAGGACAAGCAUUUUAUGCGGGGGGCUCAGAACAUAGUGGACAGCAAGUGUUAGGACCACCAAGGAAAAAAGAAAGUGGGAAGAAAAUUGUGGACAAUCUGUUCAAAUCAGCAAGAGAACAUGGAGCUGAGGAAGUUGGGGAGGGCUCAGAAACACAGACCCAGGGUGCCAGUCGCUUUGCUUUCCGUGGAGCUGGAUACAAACUGGGGGAAACAGAAGAUGACCCUGUCAGUGUAAUACAGGGGAAACCCAUAGAAUCAGAGAAAAGACAGGUUGAUAUGGUGCUUAAGUUGUGGAAAAACGGAUUCAGUGUUGAUGACGGGCCUCUUAGAGAUUUUCAGGAUCCGGCCAACAAAGAAUUCCUAGACGCUGUCUCAAGGGGGGAGGUUCCAAGGGAGCUAAUUAGCAGAGGGAAAGAAGUUAAUCUCAACAUGGAAGAUCAUCGCACUGAAGACUUUGUCCAACCCAAAGUCACAACCAAACCUUUCACAGGGGCCGGCCAUAUGUUGGGAAGCCCAGCACCAACAGUUGUCCGAUCUCCGAGCUCAUCGUCCAGUAAUUCCGCGUCCACGGAGGAAGCAGCAAAACAGGAGGUCAAGGUCAAUGACAAGGCCCCAACAACAAAUCUCCAGGUCCGUCUGGCCGAUGGGUCACGGUUAGUCAUAAAACUGAAUCACACACACCGAGUGAGAGACAUCAGGAAUUACAUCACAACAGCCCGUCCAGAGUAUGCCUCAUCAACCUUUGUCCUGUUGACCACUUUCCCAAACAAAGAACUCUCAGAUGAAAAUCAAACUUUAGCAGAUGCCAAACUAUUAAACGCAGUCAUAGUGCAGAGACUCAAGUGAAUUUGAUGAAUUUGACCAGUGACUCAAUGAUAUUGCAUCCAGUUAUCUCCCUUAAAGUGCGACAUUAAAUACAAAUUCAAAAAAAAAUAUUAUAGCUUAGAACUCUUUAUCUCAAAUAAUUUUGUUUUAUUUCAGCAAAUAGUUAAAAAUUGUUUUUAAAGUUUCAAAGUAAGAUGAUAUUGCACUUGGAAACAAACGUUUUGUGAUUUUGAUGUCUGAGGUCAGUUAUUAUUGUGGUACAUGUUUGUUUGUGGUCUUGGUCUUAUAAUAAGAUGAGGAUCCUUAAAAACUUGUUGAUAAACUUGAAAUUUUG